CGCACCAAUGCAGAUACGGACCGGAUCGGACGCUACUGGCGCCUGAACGUGUAUCCAUCUUCACUGCGCUCACGGUGUCUGCUUUCUCCAGCUCGCCGGUGUCAUGCAGUCUUUAAUAUCCCCAGUCACCAAAGCAAUACUGGUUGCACUGUUUAUUUUUGCGAUCCUGCUCAUUUUGUACGUGAUAUUAUGGUAUAUAUGUCGAGAUGUGGAUUGUGAUCACGGAAUUUGAUUGACAUUUUUGGAUGCGUCUUUAAGGACAUGCACCGGGUCUCCCAGCUUUGGCACUGAUCAACAAGGGAGCAAAGGUUGACUCUGAUUUUCCCAGGCAGAAUGGAAAGGUUGCCAUAGUUACAGGGGGAGCCAGAGGAAUGGGAUAUGAGGUUUCCAGACAUCUAGCCAGCCUGGACAUGCAUGUGGUCAUUGCUGGGAAUGAAGAACAGGAAGGUCUGGCAGCAGUGAAGAAGAUUCGAGAAGAGUUCAAUCAGGGGAAAGUGGAGUUCAUGUACCUGGAUUUGGCCUCUUUGACAUCCGUACGAAACUUUGUCCAGAGAUAUAAAGCCAAAGGUUUGCCACUACACGUCCUUGUCAAUAAUGCUGGCGUUAUGCUUGUUCCGGAGAGGAGAACAGAGGAUGGAUUUGAGCUACACUUUGGGCUAAACUACCUGGGCCAUUUCCUGUUAACCAACCUGUUGCUGGAUGUGCUGAAGAAGUCAGGCAAACCUGGGAAAUGUUCCCGAAUAGUCAUUAUGUCUUCAGCUACACACUAUGGAGGAAGAUUAACUCUGGAUGACUUGCAGGGAAGGAUGUGUUAUAGUGCUCAUGGUGCAUACGCCCAGAGUAAGCUGGCCCUGCUGCUGUUCUCCUACCACCUGCAGGACCAGCUGUGGGUCAGAGGUGACUCUGUAACCGUUAACGCAGUGGACCCAGGCAUGGUGGACACAGCCCUGUACGACAAUCUGUCUAGCCCUGCCCAGCUGGCCAAGAAACCUUUCGCAAAACUGCUCUUCAGGACGCCUGCAGAAGGAGCAUCCACGGCCAUCUACGCUGCAGCUGCCUCCGAGCUGGAGGGGAUCGGAGGACUGUAUCUGUACAACGGACGCAAGACGGAGUCUUCAGCACUUUCUCGUGACCAACGGCUGCAAAGCAAGCUGUGGAAAGUAAGCUGCACUCUAGUGGGUCUCCAGUAAACCUGAGAGAACAUCAGCACUGAGCUCCUGAUCUCUGAGACAUGGGCCCUCAUCUUACACUCCAUAUUACAUCCACCUUAAAAAAAAAAUUCAACCUCAUGCCUUAAGUUAGUAUCCUAAUUUGCCAAAUUAUCCCUUGGUCUUUAAAUCAUCUCAUUACCUAUGUAGUGUCCACACAAGCCAUCUUAGACAACAUCUUGAGAACGUGUACCUCAACGAAACGUGACAAGUGUGCUGUUUUCCGUCCUGGAACUGCUCUCGUCCUCCUCACUUGGGAACUUUCUGAACACUUUUCCCCUGAACUAAGCAAAUAAAACAGUGAUUUUGACUAAUAAUUUAGUAUCUUGUUCUCUGCUAAGCCUUUUUUGGUGCUUAAUGAAUCUCAAUGGCUGUUCUACUGAUGUUCCUUUGGCUUGUUCUCAACAGACCAUAAAGACAAUCGAAGGAUAAAAGGAUUAUAUGUGAAAUCUCCUGCUCUCUUAACCGGAGCAAAUACCAGCCUGUGUCUGUUGAUUCUCUUCGUUUCCGUGCUAGGUAUUGCAUCUUUCUUUGUUAGUAUAGUUGUAUAUCUUCAGCGGCGCCUACGUUGGAUUAUUCUGCCCAUCAGUCAGUGUCAUUUCUCCCUCUGCCUACCGCAUCUAAUUGUCUAAACACAAACUGCAGAAGGGCUAAGGGGGAAAAACAUUUGUCUGGCUAAGCCCUUCAUUUUUCUUUCCCUCACUGUGCAAUUUGCAAUGCUGUGUUUUGAACUUAACCACAAAAGAGACGGCUGCCCUCAUGCCAAGUGCCUCAUCUUCAUUCACCUUCGUUCUCCCAGAGGGGCAAAUUCUGUCCAACUGUUCUGUUCGUGACUGUGACAUCCUCAGAAUCUGUGAUUCCAAUGUGUAAUAAUGUAGAGUUUUUUUUAUUUUUUUUUCAACUGAUUUUCCUUUGAGAUGUUGAGACGUACUGUAACUUUUAAAUAUAUUCAGGCAUCCUAUUCUGUUGUGUAUAUAUAUAUAUAUAUAUAUAUAUAUAUAUAUAUAUAUAUAUAUAUAUAUAUAUAUAUAUAUAUAAUUAUUCAAGGUCAAUGUGCAAUAGCAAACCAGCUAAUUGAGUUUUGAAAUAAUGGAAAAUGUGAACAUUUUUACAACAGGAGAUGUCGCUUCAUAAACACCAAUGUGUAAAAGUGCUGUAAAACGACUUCCUUUCUACCCGCUGGUGUCUGUGACAACUUGGAGGUGUCGUCUCAAGUUUGGUUGCUUUGGUAAAGUGCUACUUUGACCUGUUAAAUUCUAAUUUAAAUGUACUAGUGUCAUAAUGUGCCUGUUAUUUGUGUGUUUCAUGUGGCAUCAGACAUGCAGUUGACCAAAUGUGUUCACAUUUAAACCUCUCUAAUUGAGUUCAUUUUCUGUAUGGUACAGUAAAUGGUAUAUGAAGCUUUUGGGUAAAAGAGAGAUGAAGAUAUUCCCCCAUUUGCAUUGCUUUUGAGAAGUAGUUUUAUCAUUGCCUAGUCUUGCUUAUUGUACUCUAAUUAUGCACUAAUGGAAGUGCUUCUGUAUUUCAAUGUAUCUAGCGUUAUAGGAAGGGUAAGUAAAGUCCAUGCACAGAUAAUAAUGAUCUAAUAGAUUAUCAUCAUAUGGUUGUGAUAAUGAGAAAUAAAUUAAUAACAGUGUUUGAAGGCACCAAAUGGCUGAUGAUAAAUGAAUCGAGAAACCGUCUCAGUACAAAAUGUGCAAAGAGGAUUUUGCGUACUUGGCUCCUCAGCCACAUGCACUGUGAAAGAGCCCAAUGUUUCUGUCAUUUGUGUGUGUGAAAGAGAGGGAUGGAGACGGAGAAAAGAGUGCAGCAUUAUCUUGCCAGGACACUCUGAAGUGUCUCAUCUUCAGCUCUUGUAGAAAACUGAGUGUAUGAGUUUCUCUUCUAAGGCUCUUGUCUAAAUAAAAACACUGAUUUUGCUGUUGCAGUAGCUGUUUUUUUUUCUUUUCCCUGCUAAGUGUAAAUGAAAAUAUGGGAUGUAAAUGCCAAUUUAUGUCGUUUUGUUUUAAGUGCAGGGCUGGUCGUUUGCCGUUUCAAAGACACCAAGCAGAAGUCAUAUGAUCAACAUGCGCUGUUAAAUUGAAUCGAAUAAAAAGGCGUCAUUCAUCCUA